AAUACAGCCGUAUGUCUUCUACAAGCAGUGAACUUUCUGUGGAAGACAUACAGGACCCAUUCCUCGUCAGUGUCCAUAUCAUCACAGACCCAGGAGAAUCCAAGACUCUCCAGCAAGCCAUCGACAAGCUUCUAGCCUGGAUCCACCCAGACCUCCAGCUGUUUCGUGUCUCAGAGAGGCGAGUGGCACAAAAGCGCAGGAAGCCGAGUAAGGCCGGUGUUUCCCAGCCAGCCCUGGCCAUCGUGCUGUUUCUGCAGGAGGAGUAUGGAGAAGAACCCAUUUUGCAGCUCCACGAAUCCUUUCAGCGGCCCCCAUGGCAUUACCACCACACAGAGCGAGUGCGUGGGAAGUUCCUGCCUUACAUGCCGUGCAGCCAGGACUUCUACACGUUGGCUCCAGGCACUCCUCUGUGGGCCAUUCGCCCGGUGCAUUAUGGAAAAGAAAUUAUCCGCUUCACUAUAUACUGCAGGAGUGAAAACUUUGUUGACAUUUUGAAAUUGUAUGAGCUAAUCCUGAAAAGACCAGUAUGUCAGAAAAAAACAGACUUCUGUGUUUUCCCAAUCUAUUCUAAUAUGGAUAUAGACAUUCAAUUCUCUUUAAAAAAACUCCCCAAGGGCCAGAUUCCAGCCCCAACUGAGUCAGCAGUGCUGGAGUUCAGAGUAAAAGAUGUUGGACAGCUUGUUCCUCUCUUGCCCAACUCUUGCAGCCCCAUCAGUGAAGGCAGGUGGCAAACUGAAGACCACGAUGGGAACAGGAUACUUUUGCAGCAAGCACAUAGUUGGCAUAGGAAGUCUGCAAAGCAGAACAAGCUACUGCAUCCAUCUGUGUCAACGGAUUCCUGCCUCACCUCUUUGCCAACCUGUCCCCCUCAGAGCCACCAAUCUGUCGCAGAGCGACCAAAAGAAAUGGGUCAAAACAAGGUGCAUCACGCAAAUGGCCUUGGUCAUUACCUUGGUUUCUCCCAGCAGGACUUGAGACACAGUGACCAAGGGGACUUCACGCGCAGAUCCAGCAGUGCCUCCAGCAUUUCCUGGUCAUUUCAACGAAGCAAGUCUCUGUUCUGCUUGCCCACAAUGAGCUCCUCUUCACCCUCAGAGACUUCUCAUUUCAGCGAACCAAUUCAGUUUUUAAACACUGGGUCUCCUGCAACCAGGUUAAAAACGUGGAGAUGCAGCCCCAGGCUUAACAUCGAUGACUUAGAGGGCGCACAGGAGACUGAUGUAGACACGGGGAGGAAGCUGUCCUUCUCAGAUCUGUCUGUGGUCUCUGCAUACUCUGCCCUGAAUGGAUUCUGCAGUGACUUGGAAACAUCCCUUCCGCCACAAAGUAUGGGUAAAACUAAACAGGCAGCAACUAGUGGAAGACCUGCAUCGGUCAUGUGCAAUACCUUUGAGCCCGUGGAUGGUUCAUUACCUUCUCUCUCUGAAUGGUCUCCCAGCUUAUUCCUGUCAUCUUCAGCGUCACCUUCAGCCUCUCUCUCCAGGGAGCCCAAACAGUCCUUGACAGCAACACCUUGUUCUCUAGAUGAUCAUGAUUCUGUUUGCCCAGAUUCACCAACUAAUGAAGAAGAAUUUUAUAUCUGAGAUUUCUCUACCUUACUACUUUCAGGUAAAUGUGUUCGGUCUGUGAAUUACAAUAGAGCCUCCUUGAGCUUGCAAAAGGUUCCUCACUGAGGAGAAGGUGAUACAGCAGAGCAUGCCAAAUAUUUGAAUAAAGUACUCAGGUCCCUCAGAGAA